AUGUACGGCACGGGAACCGGCCCUCAGACGGGCCUUUCCACCCCCAGAUCCAAUUCCUCUCUCCGGCCCUUGACCCUGACCCAUGGCUCCCUCGAAACCUCCUUCCUUGUCCCGACCAGCCUCCAUUUCCACGCCUCCCAGCUGAAAGACCGCUUUGUUGCGAGCUUGCCCGCUGCCACCGACGAGCUUGCUCAGGACGACGAGCCAUCCUCUGUUCCCGAGCUGGUCGCAAGAUACCUGGGUUCUGUGGCCCGCGAGGUGGAAGAUGGAGAGGAUGAUGCCCAGGGCUCCUACGAAGAGGUUCUCAAGCUUGUGCUCAACGAGUUUGAGAGAGCAUUUCUCCGCGGUAACGAGGCCCACGCCAUCGCCGCCACACUCCCGGGCAUCGAGGCCAAGAAGCUUGAGGUGAUUCGCAGCUAUUAUCUUGCCCGGGCCGUCUCCAACCGUGCCAUCAAGCCUCACGAGUCCGCCCUGCUGCGGGCUUCGGACGAUGGCUCCGCCGAGAUCUACACCAUCUUUGGUGGUCAGGGGAACAUUGAGGAGUACUUUGAGGAGCUUCGCGAAGUUUUUCAGACAUACCCCAGCUUCGUCGGCGAGCUCAUCACCUCUGCUGCCGAGCAACUCCAGACGUUGUCGAACCACCCCAGCGCUGAGAAGAUGUUCCCCAAGGGUCUCGAUAUCAUGAACUGGCUUCAGCACCCAGACUCCACCCCCGAUGUCGAAUACCUCAUCUCAGCACCUGUCAGCUUCCCCUUGAUCGGCCUGGUCCAGAUGGCGCACUACGAGGUGACGUGCAAGGUUCUCGGCAUCGACCCAGGCCAAUUGCGAGAGCGCAUCAGCGGCACCACUGGUCACUCGCAGGGCAUUGUCAUGGCGGCGGCGACGGCCGCUGCCGAGUCCUGGGACUCGUGGCGCGAAAUCGUCAGCUCGACGUUGGCCAUUCUCUUCUGGAUCGGAACACGGAGCCAGCAGGCGUUUCCCACCACUUCCAUGACACCCACCAUGCUGCGUGAAUCCAUGGAUAAUGGCGAGGGCUCCCCCACACCCAUGCUCAGCAUACGUGAUCUGUCGCAGCAGGAGGUGCAGAAGCACAUCGAUGCCACCAACCAAUACCUCCCAGACCACCGUCACAUUAGCGUGUCGCUCGUCAACAGCCCACGCAACCUUGUCGUCACGGGCCCUCCCACCUCGCUCUACGGUCUCAAUUCGCAGCUGCGCAAAGUAAAGGCCCCCACAGGCCUUGACCAGACCCGCAUUCCCUAUACGGAGCGCAAGAUCCGCUUCGUCAACCGCUUUCUCCCCAUCACCGCUCCUUUCCACAGCAAAUACCUCGCAGAGGCAACUGCCAUGAUCGACGAGGAUCUGAAGGACGUUAGCAUCGACUCCGGCUCCUUGGGCAUCCCGGUUUUCGACACAAACACUGGCAAGGAUCUCCGUGCCGAGGUGAAAGGCAAUGUCGUUCCCGCUCUCGUGCGCUUGAUCACACGUGACCCUGUCAACUGGGAGAAUGCAACUGUCUUCCCCGGAGCGACGCAUGUCCUUGACUUCGGCCCCGGCGGCGUUUCUGGCCUCGGCAUCCUGACUAGCCGGAACAAGGAGGGGACCGGAGUUCGUGUCAUCCUCGCUGGAACUAUCGAUGGCACCAUCACGGAAGUCGGUUACAAGCCUGAGCUCUUUGAUAGAGACGAAGAGAACGCUGUCAGGUAUGCCAUCGACUGGGUCAAGGAAUUUGGCCCCAGACUCGUCAAGACAUCGAGCGGGCGCAAGUACGUCGACACCAAGAUGAGCCGGCUUCUCGGCCUGCCUCCCAUCAUGGUGGCUGGAAUGACUCCCGCCACGGUUCCCUGGGACUUUGUCGCUGCCACGAUGAACGCAGGCUAUCACAUUGAACUCGGCGGCGGCGGCUACUUCAACGCCAAAAGGAUGACCGAUGCCCUGACCAAGAUUGAAAACGCUAUUCCCUCGGGUCGCGGAAUCACCGUCAACGUCCUUUACGUGAACCCCCGAGCCCUGGCGUGGCAAAUCCCUUUGCUGGGCAGACUGCGCUCAGAGGGCGUGCCAAUCGAGGGUCUGGCCAUUGGUGCCGGCGUGCCUUCCAUCGAGGUUGCGCAGGAGUACAUCGAGACCUUGGGCCUCAAGCAUAUUGCCUUCAAGCCCGGCUCCGUCGAGGCGAUCCAAGCCGUCAUCAACAUCGCAAAAGCCAACCCAAGCUUCCCCGUCAUUAUUCAAUGGACGGGUGGCAGAGGCGGCGGCCAUCACUCCUUCGAAGACUUUCACCAACCCGUCCUCCAGAUGUAUAAUCGCAUUCGACGUCAAGAGAACAUAAUCCUGGUCGCCGGCAGCGGCUUCGGUGGCGCCGAAGAUACCUACCCCUACAUCACCGGCGACUGGGCGAAGAAGUAUGGCUACCCACCGAUGCCGUUUGACGGCUGCUUGUUCGGCAGCCGCAUGAUGGUCGCCAAAGAAGCACACACAGGCAAGACUGCGAAACAGGCAAUUAUCGACGCCCCUGGCCUCGACGAUGGCGAGUGGGAAAAGACAUACAAGGGCCCUGCUGGCGGUGUCAUUACUGUGCGGUCCGAGAUGGGUGAGCCCAUCCACAAGCUCGCCACGCGUGGUGUCAGAUUCUGGGCCGAGAUGGACCAAAAGAUCUUCAGCCUCCCCAAGGAGAAGAGGGUGGCAGAGCUGAAGAAGAGCCGAGAAUACAUCAUCAAGAAGCUCAACGACGACUUCCAGAAGGUGUGGUUUGGCUGCAACAAGGCCGGGAAAUCCGUUGACCUGGAGGACAUGACAUACGCUGAGGUUGUGCGGCGCUUGGUGGGGCUGCUCUUUGUCAAGCAUCAGUCUCGAUGGAUUGAUCCGUCGUUCGCAAGGCUCACUGGUGAUUUUAUCCAUCGGGUUGAGGAACGCUUCACCGUCUCGCCCGGCCAGCCCUCGUUGCUCCAAAAUUAUUCGGACUUGGACGAGCCUUUCAGCACCGUGGAUCGGAUUCUGGCCAAGUAUCCCGAGGCAGAGGCGCAAAUCAUCAACGCGCAAGAUGUCCAGCACUUCUUGCUCCUCUGCAUGCGGCCGGGACAGAAGCCCGUAACUUUCAUCCCUGCUCUGGAUGAAAACUUUGAGUACUUCUUCAAGAAGGACUCUUUGUGGCAGUCGGAAGACCUCGAUGCAGUCAUUGACCAGGACGUCGGACGGUGCUGCAUUCUCCAGGGUCCGAUGGCCGCUAGGUUCUCCACCAUUGUCGAUGAACCCGUCAAGGAUAUUCUCGACGGCAUCCACCAUGCCCACAUUGCUGCUCUGACGAGGGAUUACUACGACAAUGAUCAGAGCUCUAUCCCUGCUGUCGAGUAUUUCGGUGGCAAGCUGGUGGAAUCCGAGAUUCCGCUGGAUGUCGAAGGACUGACGGUCAACUACGACACUCACAAGAACACCUAUCGUUUGUCAUCUUCUGCGACGGCCGCCAUGCCUUCCGUCGACUCAUGGCUCUCCCUUCUCGCGGGCCCGAAUCGCAACUGGAGGUUCGCACUUCUCAUGUCCGAAAUUGUCGCUCAGGGGCAAAAGUUUCAGACAAACCCAAUGCGCCGCAUCUUUGCACCUACUCGGGGCUUGUUUGUGGAAAUCCAGUAUCCCAACGAGCCGCAGAAGACGACCAUCAUCGUGAGGGAGCAGCCAAGACACAACCAGUACGUGGAUGUCAUUGAAGUCAAGUUGACUGGGAAGAACGAGAUUCUCGUCAACAUGAUCAAGGAUACCACGGCUGUCGGCAAGCCUGUUGCCCUGCCCCUCAAGUUUACCUACCACCCCGAGGCCGGGUACGCUCCUAUCCGUGAAGUGAUGCAGGAUCGCAACGAUCGCAUCAAGGAGUUUUACUGGAAGGCUUGGUUCGGCAACGACCCCCUCAACCUUGAUGCUGUUGUGACGAGUAAGUUUGACGGAGGUCGCACGACCAUUACCAAGGAGGCCAUCAGAGACUUUGUACAUGCAGUCGGCAACACCGGCGAGGCGUUUGUCGACAGGCCAGGAAAGGUUGUCUACGCGCCCAUGGACUUUGCCAUUGUGGUCGGCUGGAAGGCCAUCACGAAGCCCAUCUUCCCGCGCACCAUUGACGGCGAUCUCCUCAAGCUGGUCCACCUGUCCAACCGGUUCCGCAUGAUUCCUGGAGCUGAGCCGUUGAAGGAGGGUGACGAGAUCUCCACCACUGCCCAAAUAAACGCCGUAAUCAACCAGGAGUCGGGCAAGAUGGUCGAGGUCUGCGGCACAAUCGCCCGAGAUGGACAGCCGGUGAUGGAGGUGACGUCGCAAUUCCUGUACCGCGGGAUGUACUCGGACUACGAGAACACGUUCCAGCGCAAGGUGGAAACUCCCGUUCAGGUUUAUCUGGCCACGAGCAAGGAUGUGGCUGUGCUUCGGUCGAAGCAUUGGUUUGCCAUUGACGAGGUCCCCAGCGACAUCGACUUGCUGGGCCAGACCCUGACGUUUCGCCUGCAGAGUCUUGUGCGCUACAGGAACAAGGAUGUUUUCGGUAGCGUCGAGACGCGCGGCCAAGUACUGCUGGAGCUGCCCACCAAGGAGGUGAUUCAGGUCGCGAGUGUUGAUUACGAGGCCGGCGAGUCCCACGGCAAUCCGGUCAUCGACUAUCUGGAGCGGAACGGCUCGCCGCUCGACCAGCCCAUCAACUUUGACAAUCCGAUUCCCUUGAGCGGCAAGACUCCCCUGCAGCUCCGCGCACCGGCUUCGAAUGAAACGUACGCCCGCGUGUCCGGCGACUACAACCCCAUCCACGUCUCGCGUGUCUUUUCCAGCUACGCCAACCUUCCCGGGACAAUUACCCACGGCAUGUACUCGAGUGCCGCAGUGCGCAGCCUUGUCGAGACUUGGGCUGCGGAGAACGACAUUGGCCGCGUCCGGAGCUUCCACGCAUCCUUGGUUGGAAUGGUUCUUCCCAACGACGCCAUUCAGGUCAAGUUGCAGCAUGUCGGAAUGGUAGCCGGGCGCAAGAUCAUCAAGGUCGAAGUCAGCAACACGGAGACGGAGGAGAAGGUGCUCCUCGGCGAGGCGGAGAUCGAGCAACCGGUGACGGCCUACGUGUUCACUGGCCAGGGAUCGCAGGAGCAGGGCAUGGGCAUGGAACUGUACGCGAGCAGCCCCGUUGCCAAGGAAGUGUGGGACCGCGCAGACAAGUAUCUCCUCGACAACUAUGGCUUCUCCAUCACCAACAUUGUCAAGAACAACCCCAAAGAGCACACAAUUCACUUUGGUGGACCGAGAGGCAAGGCAAUCAGGCAAAACUACAUGGCCAUGACUUUUGAGACAGUGGCGGCCGACGGCUCAAUCAAGUCGGAGCGCAUCUUCAAGGACAUCAACGAGAGCACGACUUCGUACACUUACCGGUCGCCGACGGGCUUGCUCUCGGCGACGCAGUUCACGCAGCCUGCGCUCACGCUCAUGGAGAAGGCCAGCUUUGAGGACAUGAAGGCCAAGGGCCUCGUGCCCAGGGACAGCACGUUUGCCGGGCAUUCCCUAGGCGAGUACUCGGCGCUGGCUGCGUUGGCAGACGUGAUGCCGAUUGAGUCGCUCGUCUCCGUCGUCUUCUAUCGCGGAUUGACCAUGCAAGUGGCGGUCGAACGAGAUGCCAGUGGCCGGUCCAACUACUCGAUGUGUGCCGUGAACCCCAGCCGCAUCUCCAAGACGUUCAACGAGGAGGCACUGCAAUUUGUGGUGAACAACAUCGCCGAGGAGACUGGCUGGCUCCUAGAGAUUGUCAAUUACAACAUUGCCAACAUGCAGUACGUGUGCGCGGGCGACUUGAGGGCGCUCGACACGCUGGCCGGGGUGACAAACUUUGUCAAGAAGCAGCAAAUCGACAUUGAGGAGAUGAGGAGCAAUAUUGAGGAAGCCAAGGGGGCUUUGCGAGAGAUUAUUCGCGGAUGCGCAGAGGCGACACUCAAGAAGCCGCAGCCGCUGGAGCUGGAGCGAGGAUUCGCGACAAUCCCGCUGCGAGGCAUCGAUGUGCCAUUCCACUCGACCUUUUUGCGGUCGGGCGUCAAGCCUUUCCGGUCAUUCCUGCUCAAGAAGAUCAACAAGACGACGAUUGACCCUUCGAAGUUGGUGGGCAAAUACAUUCCGAAUGUGACGGCCAAGCCCUUUGCGCUCAGCAAGGAGUACUUUGAGGAGGUGUACAAGCUGACGAACUCGCCCAAGAUUGGGGCGGUUCUGGCAAAUUGGGACAAGUAUACGCAGGACGACGGCAAGGCGGGCAGCGACAGCGGUGCAAGCAUGGAGUACGAGGGGCCCGGCGCCGCUGCGUGA